AGGCGACUGUGCUGAGUUUUACCAUUUACCACAUGUUGAUUAAUUAAGUAGAAGUAGAUUAAUCGCGGGUGAAAUCAGUGUUGUCGAGGGUGCCGCCUCGAAGUUGCCGAUUCCGGCUAGACGGAAUUCCAUAUGGACGCCUCACAGUAACCCAAGGACCAAGUUACGUCACGCAACCUAAAGUUAUCGCGUUGGUGCAUCCUAUGUUCGCAUUGCGUCCUCUUUGAUUUCGUGCUUUCAAUCGUGAGGCACCGACUAUCCAACCUGUCAUCGCCAUUGGAUUCAAGUGUGGGAAUUUAAGCCCACCUGGCGAGACCCACCGUUUGUAUUGCAUCUAUAACCUAAAAUUCCUACCAGGCGUCAGAGAAAAAUUCCUGGUGCAGUCGAACAGUUCAUUUGAUUGUCAUUCUUUUAUGACUUUGUCCGUAAGGAAUCCCAGAAAGUUUAUCCCUGACACGUCUAGUCUUGGAGUCUUGCACAUUUUAGCACACGUCCCUUUCUUAACGUCAGGGAUUGACCCUUCGUAGUUUGUUUAGCCUUAAGGUGUCACCAGGAAAUUAGUCAAAAUUCCGGUCCCCACAAGGAAACGAGAAGGCCCCCAACAAACCGGCGGCAGUAUUCCACCAAUUAUCGGUGAAGAGCCAUUGUUGGCUGGUAAAAUGAACAGCAAGAGGAAGAAUCGUUCCAAUCCUACUAGAUCCCCGCGGGCACGGGGACCACAAGUAGUUGCUGAAGGUGUAUAUAAUAAUGCCCACUUCAUGCACGCCAUCACAAGCCAUGUAGGCAGCAUAGUCCAGAUUCAGACACAGAAUGGAUCGAUAUAUGAAGGCGUGUUUAGAACUUUCUCAAGCCUUUUUGAUGUUGUUUUGGAAAUGGCUUAUCGUGUUGACAGUACUGGAAAAAUUUGUGUCGACAGUGUCGUAGAAAAACUCAUCUUUAAGCCUCAAGAUAUUAUUACUAUGUCCGCUAAAGAUGUUGAUUUGGAUUAUGCAAUUAAAGAUACUUUCCAAACUGACACAGCAAUUAGUAAAUUCAAUGGUAUAGUUGGAGAAAAAGAUUUAGAGCCCUGGGACGCGCCUUCAACCAUGAAUGGGGAUGAUUUAGAAUUAGAUGGGACUGCUAAUGGUUGGGAUGUAAAUGAAAUGUUUCGGAGAAAUGAGAAUGUUUUCGGCAUUCAAUCAACAUAUGAACCUUCAUUAUCAGGGUAUACCUUACCACUUCAGCGUAAAGAUACAAAGGAUUAUAAGGAUCAAGAACAGAGAGCAACAGAGAUAGCCAAUGAAAUUGAGUCUCAACCUAACCAUAAGGCUCGAUUAGAUCUUGAAAAUGGUGACGAAGAGGAGAGGUUUGCUUCAGUGGUAAGACCAAAUGAAGGAAAAUACAUUCCACCGUGUAAAAGAAAAAACAGUGGUGCCGGGAAACUUCUAAGGUCAACACCCCCGCCACUUUCCCCAGGACCUAUGUCUAGUAAAGCUGUUUUCAAUCAACCACCACCUGUUGCUGUAAAUGUCAAUGCUGCUCAAUCCAACAUGCCUGUAGGAAUUCAAUCUAGCCACCCCUCGGCUCAACAUCCAGUACCACUUAAUGUAGGAAUGUCUCCAAGUGGCGUGGUGGUUACAUACAACACACCGCCAUUUGUUCUACCACCAUCAUCACAACCACCACCAUCUGUAGCUUCAAUGGCUACGAUGCCUCAACCCAUACCACAGUCUCAAGUUGCUUCACCAAUAGCUCAAGUGCCGUUUCCCCCGCAACAACAGCAACAACAACAGUCAUCAUCUUCGCAAAAUAAAAUGUCCGCCGAGAAACGAGAACGACCGGGUAGACAACAGGUUUAUCAAACAGAUAAAGCACCUCCGGCUCCAUUCCCUCAAGCAAAUAUCGCAUCCUCUCAUCAACAACAGCAGCAGGCUGCUCACCAACAGCACACUCCAUUGCAACAGCACAAUUCCGUGGACAGUCAACGUUGCGAACUAGUUACACCGAAGGCGGAGCACAGAAAGGUACCGACACCACGUGGACGGGACGAACAACAUUCGGAAUUAAGGCAGUUUGCGACAGAGUUUAAAUUAGUUGACUCACCAGCCCAGGAGCCACCGACAUUAACCAGGAAACAGCAACACCAAUCUGAAUCCGUUCAACAACUUCAAAUUCCUCAGCAACAUCACCAACAAUCUCAUCAGCACCCCUCUCCACCACAACCACAGCAGCAACAGCAGCAGCAGCAACAACAACAACAGCAGCAGCAGCACCAGCAGCAGCAGCAGCAACAACAACAGCAGCAGCAUCCAACUUCUCAACAACAGCAGCAUCCAACCUCUCAACAACAGCAGCACCCAACCUCUCAACAACAGCAGCACCCAACUUCUCAACAACAGCAGCAUCCAACUUCUCAACAACAGCAACCACAACAUGCAGCUCCGCAUCAACAACAACAACAACAACACCCGCCUUUACAAGAGGAGCCAGUAGCUACCAAUAAACCGCCAUCGGGUCCACCUCUUUCUGUACGCUCCAGUAGUCCUAUGCAACAACCGCCUCAACAACAACCGCAGCAGCCUCCACAACAGCAAUCUCAGCAACAAAACCAGCAGCAACAACAGAACACUCCGCCCAUGCAGCAGACGCAGCAGGAACCAGUCAUCGAGAAAAUCACGACUGCUUUCAAAAAGUCCACGUUAAAUCCAAACGCUAAAGAGUUCAAUCCCAAUGCUAAACCCUUCACGCCGAGAUCACCGAGUACGCCAACCCCUAGCAGACCGCAUACGCCGCAAACACCUCAGUACACCGGGGCAACCAUGCCGACGACGGUGGUGAUGCCAGCAGCGUACGUUAUGACCAGUCAGCCGCCAACUGCCUUUACGCAACCUCAAGGCCAACCAGUAACGAGAUUCCGGAAAGUUCCGAUGAUGCAGCAUCGCGCGCCGGACAUCGCCUCGCAGAUGCAGGUGGCGGCUGCGACGGGUCAACCCCUUCUGGCCCCUGCGCCGCUACACCCGCCGUUCCAGGUGCCUUACCCGGGUCAGCCCGCCUACCAGCAGAUGGUACGCAUGGUUCAGGCGCCACCGCCUCCGCCGCACAUGGCUGCGUCCUAUCACCACCAGCACGACUCGCCGGGGCCCCAGGCUCCGGGCAUCCAGUACAUGGGUCCCCACGGGCACCCGCACCCUCACGUCGGCCAGCAGCCGCCCAGUCAGACGCCCUCGCCGGCAAAUCAGAACCCUCCGCACACUCCAGGCGCCUACAACCCUCCAGGCACGCCCCAGCCGAGUUACCCCCAGGCCCCGCCUCAGGGCCACGCGCCCAGCUAUCCGAUCAUGUGUCCCAUCCUACCGCCUCACAUACCCAUCCCGCCCCAGCAUAUGCAGUAUCUGCAGACCCAACCACCUCCGAAUGCCCAACAAACCAUACCCGUAAUACUGCCGCACAACCAGUAGUUCGCCGCCAUCCGAAACGGGGGAACGUAAGGACCGUCUCUAGGGGAUCACAGGACCACCCUACCGGGGAAGGCAGAGCUCGAAUUCAUGGCGAGGUCCUCGAGAUCUUUUCCAUCUACGAGGCUUUUGCCUCGAGACUAGCUCUGACCCGGCCUCGCCGUUCUUUGCGCUCGUCCGUGACUUUACUCGCAGAUAGUUCAUGGGUCGCCCGUAAGUCGCGUGCCUGUAGGAGUCGCCCGAAGGAGGUACAUCCUCGUCACGUUCCCUUGUCCUUUCACUUGUUUCGAGUUCGCUACUGUGAUACUUGGAAUUCCUAUAACAAGGCCGACUUCCAUUCUGAAUAUCUCAUUUCCCUAUCGCGGGGCGACCCUUGCGGGACGGCUUCGAGCGACCCCAGGACGGAGAAGCGAGCUCUCGUCCUUCUCUGGCCCUGCGUGAAGAAUCCCCGCUCGAUCGCGAGCACCGCGGAGACUCUUUGCCGCACUCCUGGAGAGAGAUAGAGGCGACUUCCUUCGUUUCCCCUCGGUUGAAUUGGCGGGACGCGCUUUCGGGGAGAGACAACCCCGCGCCACUCGUGGGCGCGAGGACGGGCAGGUGAGUCGCGGUAACGCGACUCGGGACGUCGUGCCGGUUAUUCCGUACCGUGUAGAAAGUCGCGAUCUGUCGGGACGGAAUAUCAAUAACGCUCCCUCCUUCCCCCUUCCCCUCCCAAUGGACUGGGCGCGUCGAAAUUGAUUACCUAAGAGCGAAAUAGAAUCGCGCAAUGAAUACGAACGCCCAGACUCCGAGAUGAUCGUCGAGUCGUACGCGUUGCGUUGAAACGUCCUAGGUAAUUGCAGAGAGUGAGAGAAAAAUCGAACGAGAGAGAAAGCUAGCGAACGUUGACAGAAUGUCCGCGAGGAGAAAAAGAGCGAGAGAUUUGAGAGAAUGUAUGAACGAUUUUAGGAGAAUGAGGGUGAGAGAGAGAAAGCGGUGAAAGAAUGUACGAAUGAGUUGAGGGGCAAAAGAAAGAGAUAUAUAUAUAUAUAUGUAUAUGUAUAUGUAUAUGUUAAGCGUGCGACUGGUACUACGUUAAUUGCGGUCUUGGAUGCAGUCCUGGCGAUUUUGCCGACUCGGAUAACGAGGCAUCUUCAGUAGUUAAUGGCCGCUGAAGGUGUAACCGGGGCAGGGAUGUUGGAUAUUUUCCUCCCAGGGGACGCGGUUUCGUUAUCAAAUUACAUUUAUAUAACACGGGAAGACGCCUCGGUAUCCGAGUCAUCCUCAACGCUGAAACUUGAUGCGGUGAUCGGUCCUGUGUCCAAAACCGUGACAUUGAUUUCGUGUAAGUGCGACUACGAUACCAAUACACAAAGGAGUACAGAUUUCGAAGGAGAAUUAAUUGAUACAUCGAGCUUGAUCGACGUCGUUCGUCUUCCGCUGUCUAAAUGGCGUCGGGGUCAUGCUUUGUAACUUGAGGAAGACGGAGGGAGAGACGUCGUCGAGGUCGGUGCCAGGUUGAUAAGAUCUUGGAGCUAUCGGUAUCGCGAAUACGGCGAACCGUUAUCGCGACCGUAUCCCGAGUCUCCCGUUCAUGGGGUGUAAUGUAAACCUCGAAUCUCGGGGUCGGGUGACUCGGUGGCGUUAUAUACAAAGUCUGUUUCGCAUUACCUUCGCGUACCGUAACCCGCAGAGCAUAAGUCGAGCGUGAAUACGGCGUGGAAUUGCAUUCUUUUGUACCGCUCUAAAUGUUACUCGCUUUAUCAAUACCGCUUUCGCUGGCUUGCGUUGAGAUUGCAGACAAUGUUAACUGGGUCUAACGUAGGGCGCUUUGGAGCGAGAAAAAGCGGAUGUCUACGAGAAGAGUGCUUCGGGAGUAAAGCCACGAGAGCCUCACAGCUUGCGAUUAUUUCUAGAAAAAUUGGGACGAAACCGUGAAACUUGGAAGACCGUUCGUGCAGAUAGUGGAACUUUCCGUUACGGCGUGGACAGUGGGAAUGAUUUUUUUUUUUUCUAUUGAAACUUAGCUGGAAUUUUUUUCUUUUUUUAAGACGAUACCUCGACGCGUAUCAAAUGGCGUUACAAGGAAAGAUGAUUAGCUGUCCGUCUUUAAACGUAUUUUUAUCAGUUUUGAGAAAUAGUUUGCAUCCGCAACAGUUACUACAGGAAACAUUGUUAGAUGCGCGACUACCGUGGUCGUAUGUAAAUCUUUGUACUCCGAGUUAACUUGUAUUAGUCGACUUAGGUGUUAAUUUUUGACUUUACGUAGAGCGAUGAGACUACUUUUUGUCCCAUUGUACGUCCAACUUGGAAGUUACACUAGCGCCACAACGGGGACGAGAGGAAGCUUUAAGAGCAUUGCAAUCGAGAUCUUUCUUUGUCCAUCGUUCCUUUGAUAUACGAGUAAGAUUCUCUUUGAUCCCGGUUGAUAGCUUCGACGUCCCGUGGUUAAUUUCAGAUAUUUGUUGAAUUAAAACGCCAUUAAAUAACAGUCAAACCACGGGUAACUAAUUGGGAGUAUUCGAGGAUGGUGCGACGAGGAAACGGCGGGUAAUCACAUAGAGUUCCGAUUAACUUAGGAUCCAUUACAUCGUCCAUGUUUCUCACACCAUGGGAAGGCAAUUCCUCGUUCGGUUUCGUCCUCGUUUUCCGACAAGUAAUCACUUAGGGUCACAGCGUCUAUUACCAGGCACUCUGCACGCAUAAAUGAAUCAAAGCCAUGAAUUGUAUACACCUUCAGGUUAUUGACCCCGUUUCUGUAUACGGAAACGAAGAAGCAUCCGGGAAUUUCGUAGAUCAUGUAUUAACCCUUGACGCUCCGACUUUUAAUUCGGAAUAUCGAUCGGCAACUCCAACUUAUUCUCAUCGUACUUCGACUUGCAAGUCGGUAGGAUCGGUGGUACUUGAGAGGCACACUUGGAGUAGAACGCCGCACAUCGGUGGUGCUUCAGAGGCACACUUGGAGCGUUAAGGGUUAACUUUCUUAGGACUGAUAGGAGAGGGAGGUUCUCUCCGAAGAAGCUCGAGCGUGCGACACGUGCAUGAAAAUUGUAUACUCGGUGGAAAGAAAAAGCCCAAAUGUUACGCGAAUAAUUGAGGAUAAGCGACGAGGGGCGAACGGAUACUCGUGCGAUCUGUAACGAGGACUCGCGAUUGUAUAGGUAGAGGUUGAGAUGAACGUGUCAAGGGAAUUAAAGUAAUACCCGCGGUUUUAGUGGA